UUUAUCAACCAAGAAUUUAGCAUCAUUGACGCCAUUGUAGUUUUUAUUAAAUUUAUAGUGUUUUUAUAAAAUUCUAGUGCUAAUACUGUAAGGAAGGGGACAUUUGGCUGACAGUGACAUUGGCGAUUUAACUGGGGCUCGUAUCUUAUAAACGCGUCGUGACAUAAUGGCAGACGAAACUCCCAUCGAAUCCGAGCACUUGUCGCAGCAAGUGCCGGAGCAUAUACCCGAGAUAGCUUUAGAAACUCCUUCAAUAGAACCCGAAGCAAAUGUUUCCGUACCAGCUACUCUUCCAAGUGAUGACAUGGAAGCCGCGGCACCCACAGAACAAGCACCACCUCCUAGUGAGGAAGCCGCCGCGGAAAGUACUAUAGAACAGAAACAACCUGAAGAAAUAAAAGUGGAAAAACUUCCCGCUAAGAGAAUCUCCGUACAUGUCAAAACAGCUCAGGAGAAAGAAAGUUUUGACGUCGAGGAAGAAGCGUUGAUAAAAGACUUUAAGGAAUUAAUCGGACCUAAAUUUAACGCUGAACCCGACCAGUUAUGUUUAAUCUUUGCGGGUAAAAUCAUGAACGAUGGUGACACUUUGAUCCAACAUAAUGUUAAGGAUGGCUUGACAAUUCAUCUUGUCAUUAGGGCGGCCCCUAAGACUUUGGAGGCGGGCUCGCAAAGGCCACCGGCAGAUAUAAGUGCAACACCUUAUCAAUUGGGCAGUUUAGGUGGUCUGGCGGGUCUGGCACAGCUUGGCAUGGGGUCCGCUAAUUUUAUGGAAAUUCAGAGUCAGAUGCAGAACGAGUUGCUGUCAAAUCCCACAUUGCUGAGGGACCUUUUGGAUAAUCCGUUGGUGCAACAGUUAAUGAACAAUCCAGAGGUUAUGAGAACGUUGAUCACCAGAAAUCCACAGAUGCAGGAACUUAUAGAUAGGUAUCCUGAAAUAAACCAAACACUUAAUAACCCAGAGUUGUUGCGUCAAACGGCAGAGCUGGCACGUAAUCCGUCCAUGCUCCAAGAAUUAAUGAGGAAUCACGAGCGAUCUGUUGGCAUGGAAGGAACUCCGUCUGUUCCUGGAAUUAAUCCCUUGCAAAACAUAUACCAAAACUUGCAAGAACCUAUGCUAACAAAUCUUGCUGCACAGUUCCAAGCCAGUACCGGGACUACACCGGCAGCAGGUGUUAUGAACAACCCACAGAUGGCGAGCCUUCUGCAGCAAAUGUCAGAGAACCCUAGCGUGGUUCAGAAUAUGUUAUCCGCGCCAUAUACCCAAUCAGUCCUAGAGGCUUUGACUGCAGAUCCAAACAUGGCCAACGCGUUGCUAGCUCAAAACCCUUUGGUUACCAAUAAUCCCGUGUUACAAGCACAAAUGAGGAACAUGAUGCCCCAGUUCAUGCAACAGAUGCAGAAUCCCGAAGUACAGAAUCUAAUGACGAAUCCACAGGCUCUCGACGCUAUUUUACAAAUCCAACAAGGGAUGGAAACUUUAAGGCAAUCGGCACCCGGUCUCAUCCAUACUGUCGCACCUCCACAAGUUCCCCCAGCGGGCUCUCCUAACCCUUCACCCGCAACUGAUAGCGCGCCGGCAGCGGCACCAACUAGUGCACCAAGCGCUCCGAGAGACGCAUUUUCCGAAUUUAUGGCUAGGAUGGUGGCGGGUAUGGCUACUAAUAAUGACACGUCGGUACCUCCCGAGCAGAGAUAUCAAUCUCAACUGGAGCAGCUUGCGGCAAUGGGAUUCGUUAAUAGAGAAAUCAAUUUGCAGGCGUUGAUUGCGACUUUUGGAGACAUCAACGCAGCUGUUGAGAAGUUACUUGCCCAAGGGCAGCUGUCUAUGAGUUAAUUGGGAAGUUGUGUAAAUUAGAAUAUUAUUUUUUUAUGGUUAGAAUGAGGCGUUGUAUGUUCUAUGUGAAGUAACAUGUACAAUUUUAUGUUCGGGUUUGUUAUAACUUAACUGAAUAAAUACUUUAGUUCAGUUA